AUGUCGCGGUGGCAUGGGGAAGACGGGGAGCUGCCUAGAAAACGACCGCGCGCCGCGCCGGAAACUGCGGGCGCUCCUUCCGCGCUGCAGGCAUUCAAGAACGAACCCAGCGACAGUGGCACCGCGGAUCUGCGCCAUCCCGCGCAGCUGCCGUCGCCACAGCAGCUGUCGCUAACCGCGUCGACUCCUCUAGGGGACCCGUUGGGCCUUUCCCCGUACCCUUACGGGCCUGGCGGCGGCGUCGGCUCCGCAGGGGAGACGAACGCGCUGCAUUUGGAAACGCCCACGCGCGGCACCCGCGGGCUGUCCCCCCCCGCGGGUCUAGACGCCCGUCGCCGGUUCCAUGGCUCCUCCUCCCUCUGGGCCUCCGCCGGCGGGGAUAGCGUCGAAGGCGCGCUCGCCCCCGGCGGGGGGAGCGGCGCUGUCGGCGGAGCCACGGGGGGCGCAGAUCGCCCAGAAUCAGCGGGCGCGCGCGCGUUCUCCUUCCUGAUGCCCGCGGGGAAAGGCGCGUCCGCCUUGCUGUCUCCGCCGCAGGUCCCGUGGACGGGCGGGGCGGGGAAAGGGAGGGAGGAGGAGGUGCAAGGGCGGGAGAUGCAGCUGCUGCCGUUCGCGCCGCUCGAUCGCGCGUUCCGCGGCCGAGGGGAAGGGGAGGCGAGGAAGGCGGAGGAAGGGGGUGACGACAACGGCGCGGCUGAUCCGCGCUGCGCCGCCGACGGCCAGGGGUUGUUGGCCCGCGGCGGCCCGGGGAUGUCUGGGGCGAACAUCGGGGAGGCCGCCGCGUUUCGUCGCGCGGACACGAUCAGCAGCAAGACGCGUCGAAGCCACGGCGUGGCGGCGUCCGCGCGAGACCAGCAAAGCGCCGCUGACGCGGCGGCGAUGCAGCACGCGCUGCGGCUACAGAUGAUGACGCAUCAGAUGCCGCUGUCCUUGGAGUCUCAACUACAGCUGGAGCGCGGUUCGAUCGCUAUAUCUGCCGCCUCUGCCCCUGCUGCCUCCGCUUCUGUCUCUGCUACAGUCGCCGCUUCUGCCGCCGCGCUCGCCGCUGGUGCGGCCGCCACGGCCGCAGCUGGCCGGACCUCGCCCACGUCGCUGAUGCUCCCGCGCGCUCCGGCGGGGCAUUUAACGCAGCGGGACCGCGUGCACAUGAGCUUCAGCAACGCAAGCCCUCUCCACGCGGCUAAUGCGGCGGCUACUGCGGCGGCAGCGGCGCAAAUCGCUGGGGCGAUGGGAUCUGCAGCGGCCCGUCCCUUCCUGGUUCCGGGCUCUGGUUGGACCGCUGCGACUUCCGCCACAGCCGCCACCGCCUCAAGCGCCGCCCCCGCCAGCGUCGCGCCAGCCGCCGCUACCGCGACCUCUGCCGCGCACUCGGCGGCGCAAGGCCUGGCGCGCGCGCUCGGCGCGGGCGCGAGCUGGACGGGCCCGCGCAGGUUCCCCACGGGGCCUAGUGAGGGGCCGAUCGCGUCCGUUGCGGACAACGGGGGCGCGCACGCGGGCGCGCACGGGGGCGCGGAGAGAGAUACGGGGAACCGGGAAGCGCUCGCCGCUACUCUCGCUGCCGCUGCCGCCAUGGCCGCUGCUGCUGUCGCUGCAGCAGGGGGGGAGGGCGGAAAGUGGCAGCAGGUGGGGCAGGAGAUGCAAGAGUGGGCGGCGCAAGGGAUGGCGGAGCGGGAUGUGCGGGCGAGAGGGAGGGAGGUGUCAUCGCAUAAUAGCAACUCAGGGCUGCAGCUGCAAUCCCUGCAGCAGCAACAGUAUCUGCAGCAGCAGCUCCAGCAGCAGCAGCAGCAGCAGCAGCAGUUUACCAGGGAGCAGCAUGCAACGUUCCCUGGAGGCGGUGUGGGGGGAGGAGCUAUCUUACCUGUAUGGUGGAACGACCACAUGGCUUCCCUCAUUGCGGCAUCGCAUGCUGCUGCCAUCGCUGCCGCCCCUGCCGCCCCUGCUGCCCCCGCUGCUCCUGCCCCUGCUAAUUUCCUCCCUGCAAUGGUCCCCCCAGGGGCUCCAACCCCUCCUCUUCCCCCAGCCGCAGCAGCGGCAGCGGCAGCGGCGGCAGCAGCCGCAGCAGCAGCAGCAGCAGCAGCAGUGGCGUCGGGGGGCAUGCACGCGCAAGGUGGUGUGGGCGUAUCUGGAACACCUACCCUUUCCGCUCUUCAACAGCAGCAGCAGGCGAGGAGACAGCCCGUUACAGCUCCUCCCCCUGCAGCAACAGCAGCCGCCGUUGCCAGGACUCGAACUCCCCCUGUUCCCGGCUCCGCUUCAGCUGCAGUGGCCGACGCAGCAGCAGGUGCGGCGUUCAGGAGGAGCCUCUCUUUCUCUGCUGCUGGGGCUGCUGCAGCUGCAGCAGCCACGCCUGCUGGGACAGCAGGGGGGAGUGGUGGCAGUGGCAGUGGGGGUACUGGGCGGCGUAGGCAGACCACGUCAGCAGGAACAGGCACCCAGAUCACUUCCGCUGCCCCUGCUGCCGCUGCAGCCGCCGUUGCUGCCGAUGCCUCUGCUAGCGCUGCUGCUGCUGAGGAGGGCGGAUCUCCUGCUGCUGCGAUGGCAGCAGGGGGGAGCGCAGGAGGAGCAGCGGCAGGGGGGAGUGUGGGGAGCCGGCAUAAGCUGUGGUGCAGCGAGGACGGGUACAAGUGCAAGGAGUGCGGCAUGAGGUUCAACAACGCGCAGGCCCUGGGCGGACACAUGACCGCACACACCAAACGGCGCAGGUCCAACUUCUCGGGGUAUACCUUCAGUGAUGCUGGCUCUACUCCUGCCUCCUCUGCACACGUGGCUGGGACCACCUCUCUCGCCCCGCCCCUCCUGCCCCCUGCUGGCGAUGCCGCACGCACAGCAGCUGUGGGAGCAGCGGGAGAAGCAGCAGCAGGAGAAGGAAGGGUGGGAGGUGGCACAAGGUUGGCAAGUUUUGGAAAGUUGGGAGGGAUGGCGCCUACUGCUUCUCCUGCGGCUUCUGGCGCUACUGCUGGUGCUACCGCCGGCCCUGCGGGUCCUACUGGUGCUGCUUCUGCUGGUGCUGCUGCUGGUGGAGCAGGUGGGAGGGGUCAAGACACAGGAGCGACAGCUAUGAUGGCUGCUGCUAUGGCUGCGGCUGCAGCAGCAGUGGCAGCCGCAUCAGGCGGUGGUGCAGCAGCUGCCGCAGCAGCAGUAGAGCCAGUUCUAGCCAGACUGCUAGGCCUGGGGUCACCCAGUGCGCUCUUAGAAAUGGCACGCAGUGGGGGGGUGCUGAGAGGGAGUGGAGGUGGAGCGAGUGAUGUGCGGGGAGAGGGAGAAAGGGAGGUUGCUUUGAGAAUGCAGGUUCAGGAGCAGCAGCAACUGCUGCGACUACAGCAGCAGCAGUUGCAGCAGCAGCAGAUGCAGUUGCAACAGCAGCAGCAGCAUCAACAGCAGCAGCAGCAGCAGCAGCAGCAGCAGCAGCAGCAGCAGCAGCAGCAGCAGCAGCAGCAGCAGCAGCAGCAGCAGCAGCAGCAGCAGCAGCAGCAGCAGCAGCAGCAGCAGCAGCAGCAGCAACAGCAGCAGCAGCAGCAGGUGCGGCAGCAGCAGGCUGAGGAGAUGAAAAGAGAAGGCGGGGAGGAAGUGGAGUGGGAUCCUAAGAGUCUCUUUGCCUCUCAGCCCACUCGCACUCCCAGCAAAGAAUCACCACUGCAACGAGACGCCGUUGAGACAACAGCUGUACGCACUCCUGUUGCAGCUCAGCCCUUGCCAGCUAGCGCUGCUGCUGCUGCUGCCGCUGCUGCUGCCGCUGCUGCUGGCGCUGCAGCUCCUCCUGUGGAUGCCCGUGCAGGGAAGGAGGAGCCCGAAGAGGACGAUCCGGAUCGUGGUUUAGGGCUGAACCUCAGGCUUACACUGUGA